GAUGGGGGGCAGGUGGAGGGGACGGCCCAGACGCACAUCAUCCACAGUCCCUCGGGACUGGAGGGACUCGUGAGCCGGAGCCCAGACACCCGGGGGUGGAUAAGACACCGCGUGCCCUCCAAAUCCCGUAAGCACCCUUUGCUCCAUCCAGCGCCCAGAUACCUCAGCUAGCCCCCCUCCCCACUCCGUACACUCCAAACUCAGCCGGGACAGACCUCUGCCGCCGCCGCCCCCACCUGGAGGCCAACCGAGUCCCUGCAGGUGGCGCCCAGGGUGAUGUACUGACCAUGAGUGCGUGUUUCCCAGUUUCUGGCCUCCGAUGCCUGUCUAGGGUCUUGGAUGUGCCAGCACCUCUGGCCGUGGCCCGCUAACCAGCCUCUCUCCGGCCGGCUCCCGCCGCGCCCCCUCUCGCUUGCCCCUUCCUCCUCCUGCUGCUGCUCUCCCCUCUGCUCCCAGGACGGCGGGAUGGCCGCGCAGGGCGCGCCUCGCUUCCUCCUGAUCUUCGACUUCGAUGAGACCAUCGUGGACGAAAACAGUGACGACUCAAUCGUGCGUGCCGCGCCGGGCCAGCGGCUGCCCGAGAGCCUGCGUGCCACCUACCGCGAGGGCUUCUACAACGAGUACAUGCAGCGCGUCUUCAAGUACCUAGGCGAGCAGGGCGUGCGGCCGCGGGACCUGCGUGUCAUCUACGAAGCCAUCCCCCUGUCGCCGGGCAUGGGCGACCUGCUGCAGUUUGUGGCCAAGCAGGGUGCCUGCUUCGAGGUUAUUCUCAUCUCCGAUGCCAACACCUUUGGCGUGGAGAGCGCGCUGCGCGCCGCCGGCCACCACGGCCUGUUCCGCCGCAUCCUCAGCAACCCGUCGGGGCCCGACGCGCGGGGACUGCUGGCGCUGCGGCCCUUCCACACCCACAGCUGCACGCGCUGCCCCGCCAACAUGUGCAAGCACAAGGUGCUCAGCGACUACCUGCGCGAGCGGGCCCACGACGGCGUGCACUUCGAGCGCCUCUUCUACGUGGGCGACGGCGCCAACGACUUCUGCCCCAUGGGGCUGCUGGCGGGCGGCGACGUGGCCUUCCCGCGCCACGGCUAUCCCAUGCACCGCCUCAUCCAGGAGGCGCAGAAGGCCGAGCCCAGCUCGGUCCGCGCCAGCGUGGUGCCCUGGGAAACGGCCGCCGACGUGCGCCUCCACCUGCAACAGGUGCUGAAGACGUGCUGAGGACGGCCGCCUGCAGGGGGCGCCCCGGGCGGACAGGCGGAGGAGGGGGCGGGGAGGGGGGAAUUGGGAAAGACAAACCUAGUUUAACUACUCCCUU